UUGGUGGAAAAUAAAUACACGAGAACAUGCAAAACAAAAAAUUUGAGUAAACAAACCUGAAAAAGUCUAAAUUUGCCACCAAAUGUAGAUUUUUUCAACGAGAACACGCGAAACAAAACUAAAGUUUAUUUUUGAAAACCAUGUAUUGGAAACGAUGACAAUAACAUCAAAGCAUCAAUUCUAAAUACAAAAGUUUAUUUAGUGGGUUUUGAGCGGAGGUGUCCUUAUACGUAAGUAAUCAUGAAAAUUAAACGAAAUUAUGAAGAUUUUGAAGGAAGAAAUAAAUUUUAUUGCAAUGGAUUAAUAAUUAUGUCAAACAGUAACUGUGCGUUUCUAAUAACGUUUAUUUCUAUCAUAUUCACCUCGACUCUUUUCUUUUAUCACGACGCUCGCUAUUUUUGUGACAAUUCCUUUUUUGCUAUCCCAAUCGUUGGAGGCUGGUUGUUUAUGUUUGUUAUAGUAAUGCUUUUAUGGACAUCUUUUAGUGAUCCAGGUAUUAUUCCACGUGCUAAGAGCACAGAUGAGGCAAUGUAUAUAGAAAAAACAAUAGCUCCAGUGAUUGUACCUUCAGAACCUGGACCUCCAGUUUAUGUACCUCCUCAAAGGCAACUAGAUGUAACAAUUAAGGGAAAAGAGUUUCUAUUUAAGUACUGCUUCAUUUGUAAAAUAUUUCGUCCGCCAAGAACAACACAUUGUAGCAUUUGUGAUAAUUGUGUUGAAUGCUUUGAUCAUCAUUGUAAAAUGGUUGGGAAUUGCAUUGGCAAAAGAAAUUAUCGUUAUUUUUAUUUGUUUGUAGUAUCACUUUUUUUUUUGUGCAUAUAUGUAUUUGUUGGUGCUGUUACACAUUUAGUAUUGCGUUGCAUCGAAAUGAAAUCAUUUUUUGAGGCAUUAAAUGAAAAUCCAACAAGUGCAAUAGUUACAUUUAUUUGUUUCAUUACAUUUUGGCCGAUUGCUGCACUUGCUGGAUUUCAUUCAUAUUCGAUUACAGGUAAAAUGGUAUCUAGUCGUGGUGAAAAUCCUUAUUAUGCUGGUUCUGUGUUUAACAACUGUUUUAAAGUUAUAUGUGGUCCAGCGUACCCAAGUUUAAUACGACGGCGUGAAACUGUUUCUGCUCCGUUAGUAAGUACUUCCUAUGGUGCUAUACAGCUCCCAGCAAAUGAUACAUCGAAGUCACCAAAUUUACCGUUACCAACAUCGUGUUGAGAAAGAUUUUACCGUUAUUAACACCGUGUUGCUUAAUAAUCGUUUCUCUUCGAGUCUGUGGUAAUAAGAGUUUUUUUACAAAACCAAGUUCAGACGAUAUUAAAGAUAUCCAUGUAUAUAAAGUGACGCAUCGGAACUUAAUAAGUAGUUUCAUAUAUAUAUAUAUAUAUAU